AUGACUCUCCUGAUCCGUGCCUGCAUCCUCUUGGCUCUUGCCGCCAGCGCUCUCGCUGGUUACACCGGCCACGGCUUUGGCCACGGCUACUAUCUUGGCUACGGCUAUGGUAGUCUUGGAUACGGCUCUGGUCUUGGCUAUGCUCCAGCUGUGCACGCUGUCGCUCACGCUGCCCCAGCCUUCGCCACCAUCCCCUAUGCCCUAGUCGCAACUUACGCUGCUGCUCCAGUUGUUGCCGCUGCUCCAGCUGUGACCAGGGUUGCCACCACCUACGCGGCUGCCGCAGUUGUCGCUGCUGCUCCAGGCGUGACCAUGGUUGCUGCCACCUAUCACGCCCCAGCUGUUGGUACCCUGGCCGACGCUCCAGUUGGCACCUACGCUGCCGCCCCAGCCAUUGCCACAUACGCUGCUGCCACCCCCGUCGUCCCCAACACCACCGUCCAGCACGCCCCAGCCGUGGCCACCAUCGCCCACGCUGCCCCAGCUGUCACUACCUACCACGCCACUCCAGUCUACAAGUAA